AUGUUUCUGAGAUAUCAUUUGGACGAGAACGGCAGACGUGUGUACACCCUUAAGAAGACUGCUCCGGACGGAACAGAAACUGUGUCUGCACAUCCAGCUCGUUUCUCUCCUGAGGACAAGUACAGUAAAUAUCGUGUGAUCAUCAAGAGACGCUUUGGAUUAUUGCCUACUCAACAGGCGAAAAUUUACGCAAACCGACGAAUUAUCAUCGCCUUUGUAAUGUUUUUCAUUGGAUGGAAAGUGAUUGGUGUCACGAUGAGUGAUAUGAUGUUAUGGACGGUAAAUGAAGAAACUGGUGAAGGGCGUAUGUUGACCCCAGCCGAGGCACGAAAGCGACGGUAA